AUGAGUUCUAUGGACGUUGACCCCACUGCUGGUGCCUCAGGCAUUAAUUUAAAUAAUUCCGAAAGAACCCGUAUAGCCAAAAGAAAUGCCCAAAUUGAUAUUUUGCUCAGACUCUUUGAUAUAAUAGCUGAAACCUUCCCUAGAGACACUUUCCCUACCCAUCAAACUGCAGAAAUCGAAAUGCAAUUAAUUGACCUUGACAACUCUAAUGCAGCAGCAGGCAUCCUCUCUACAGUUUUUACUUAUUUAAGAAAGAAACAAAAUAAUCCCACCGAAGCUGCUAAAAUGUUGAAUCUUAAAACCAACGUUGAAGGCACUAUUAUAAAUAUAUCUGAUAUUGUCAAAAAAUUUGAAGAGGAAGGUUUCGAAAUCGAUUUCCUUAUUGCAACUCCCUUGAUGAAUAUUUUUUGCGCGUUUAAAUUAGCUUUUGAUGAAACCAGAACAGGGGCGACGAAAGUAAUGUUAAAAGACGAUUAUUUAAGAAAACAUGGGAUAAUUUCUAAAGAUUCAACAAACCAGAAACUAGAGAAAAACGACCCGAAAGAGAGUAUAAAUAUAAACGCUUUUGGCUUAACCAAUCAACAUAUCUGCCUUCUGCAAGGUAUAACAUUUACUCCCUCCAGACGCACUGGUUUAUUAAGAACAUUAGGGCCUAUGACACAAUGUAUAAGUGUAAUAAAUGAAACUGGCGCAUAUACUGAUAAAUUGCAAUCAGCGACUAAGAAUACCCUGAGAAUGCUACCUAUGGUCAAUGAGAUAUCAAAUCAUUUUAAAGACGCCACAGUACCUGGUCAAGCUGCAGGAGUAUUAAAAGAACUUGCAGACAUUCUUACAUUAUCUACUGCCAGGUCCACCCAAAAGAUUUUUGCACCAAUAGCCUUAUUAAGAUUUCUCUGGCCAUUCAAAACAGACGCUUGGAGCGCAGCUGGUCCUAAUAUGAUGCACUUUAUUGAUUCGAACAUAAAAUUAUAUAAAAUAAAAUUUGUUAUGAGAACAGGGGGUUCAGAGGAAGAUACAGCACAAGUUAUUUUUCACUCCAUAUAUGGUACUUAUCUCGAAGAUUUAGGUAUUCUUUCGCAAAUAACAACUAAAAAAGCAUGGAAAACAAGAAGGGAAGUAGAAGCUGUAUUUACAAAAAGGGCAACAAAAAAUUCUUUAAUAAUUAAUCCCAUCACAUUUGUAUUUUAUUCCAAAAUGGCAACUUCGCUGCUCACAAAAUGUUAA